GAAGGGAGAAGAAAAAGGAGAGCUCUUGUUUUUUUGAUGUUUAGACCUCCUCUGCUCGAGAGAGAGCGAGAGGUUUGGUAAAACAGUGGGUUUGGGGUGGUGAGGGGACUGACAGAACACAGAGAGGAGGUGCGGGCAUGGGAGGGGUCAUCAUGGGUUUGCUGCUGUGCACCUAUGGAGAGUAAUCCUUAGAGGACAGGAGCUCAGUUCAUCACUUUAAGUGCUUGGUUUUGGUGGCCAUUUUCACACUUUGGAGGAGUUGUGAUCACACGAGCUGGGAGUUGGCAGGUGGAAUACGGAUGCCAUGGUAUAAGCAUCGAAGCAUGGGACACUAGAUCUUAUAGAUCUUUGGAACAACGUGAGGAAGUAAUAAAAAAGAAUUGGAGAACACCAUACACAGCUGAAAUCAAGAGAAACCCAUUAACAAAUGGCAGGGAGGGGAGAGGUGUCAGCUUAGUAUUUGUGUGUGUCUCAGCUCUCCCUCAAUUGUUUAGUACUCUAGAGAGCCUUUGGCUGUCUCCUGUGCCUGACCAUUAGCUCCUGGACCUUGUGGGCUCUACUGUGGAUCAGGGAAACAAUAUACCUUCUCCCUUCGACGGCAUCUCUGGGUCUCCUCCUCAUUCGAGUGGAAUGGCCAUUUAACUCUAGACCUGCUUGUUUCUUGUGUUGGAAGCUUUGCAUCCUUUUCUACCUGGAGGUCCACUCCAUCUUGUAAUUGCACAGUUGGCAGCGCUCUUUAGUGGGGGUAUUGUUUACCCUACUGGGGAUGCAGGGUGGCUGUAUAUCUGUUCUUGUGACAGUUUAGUGGGGGUGGGCGGUUUGCUUUGUGUCAUAGAAGUGAAGGGUGUUUUUAUUUUGUACCACAAUGAAGUUUAUGAAGCUUGGAUCAAAGCCUGAUUCUUUUCAGACGAAUGCGAACAAUGUCAGGUUUGUGGCAACUGAGCUGGCAACUGAUAUCAUUAUCCAUGUAGGAGAAGUUAAAUUCCAUCUACACAAGUUUCCUCUUCUGUCCAAGAGUGCUCGCUUGCAAAAGCUGGUGGCAGCUACCAAUGAUGAAAGCAAUAAUGAGAUUCACAUUCUUAAUAUCCCCGGAGGCCCUGCUGCCUUUGAGAUUUGUGCUAAAUUUUGUUAUGGUAUGACUGUCACUCUCAAUGCUUACAAUGUGGUUGCAGCACGUUGUGCAGCAGCAUUUCUAGAAAUGCAUGAAUCUGUGGAGAAAGGGAAUCUGAUUUAUAAAAUCGAAGUCUUCCUUGACACAAGCAUAUUCCGCAGCUGGAAAGACUCAAUUAUAGUUCUCCAGACUACAAAGUCUCUGCUACCUUGGUCUGAGGACCUGAAAUUGGUUAGCCACUGCAUAGAUUCUAUAGCUUCCAAGGCCUCCAUUGAUGCUUCUAUGGUGGAAUGGUCUUACACUUAUAACCGAAAGAAACUUCCAUCAGAAAAUGGUCUUGAUACACAUUGGAAUGGGGUCAAAAAACAGCAGUCAGUACCUAAGGACUGGUGGGUCGACGACCUAUGUGAGCUUGAAAUGGAUUUGUACGAGCAGCUUAUAAUGGCCAUCAAAGCUAAGGGAAGAAUGUCCGGGAAAGUGAUCGGAGAGGCUCUGAAAGCUUAUACAUAUAGGAGACUCCGAGGUUUUGGCAGAGGUUCCCUGAUCCAUGAAGGUGAUGUCAUGAAAAGCAGGUCACUGCUAGAGACCAUUAUCUGGUUAUUGCCGGCAGAGAAAGGUUCAGUAUCAUGCAGUUUCCUUCUUAAGCUACUAAGAGCUGCAAGCCUAUUGGAUUCUGGGGAAAUGGUUAAGAAAGAGCUCAUCAAGCGAAUAGGCCGCCAAUUAGAAGAAGCUUCAGUACCUGAUCUUUUGAUUCCCAGCAUGUCCAGGGAGGACACUGUGUAUGAUAUCGACAUGGUUCUUAGUAUAGUGGAGGAAUUUGUGAUGCAGGAUGAUGGUGCUGCUCAAACUAGCCCAAAGCUAUCAGAAAUGCUGGGGGAGACCAGGAGCCCGGCUAUAGUUUCAGGUAGUUCAAAGAUAGGUGUGGCGAAGCUGGUUGAUGGGUAUCUAGCUGAGAUAGCAAAAGACCCCAAGUUACCUCUUUCAAAGUUUGUUGAUCUUGCUGAAAUGUUAUCAGCUGACUCAAGGCCAGUGCAUGAUGGGCUUUAUCGUGCUAUUGACACGUAUCUGAAGGAACAACCAGGCCUGAGCAAAAGUGAGAGAAAGAAGAUAUGUGGUCUGAUGGACUGCAAGAAGCUAUCUGCAGAUGCCUGCACCCAUGCAGUGCAGAACGAGCGCCUCCCACUACGGGUGGUAGUCCAGGUUCUCUUCUUUGAGCAGGUCAGGGCAGCAGCUGCUGCUGCAGGCCGGACCGGGAACCAUGGUGGCUCCUAUGGGAGCUCGAGUUCAGGUGUCACUACCAACACGGAGGAUGACUGGGAUGGAGUCCCGACGGUUGAAGACCUCAGGUCGCUCAAGUGUAUGAAGCUCGUCGGUGGUGGGGAAAGCGAGAGGAGCAGUGACAGCAUUGCUGCUGGUAGGAACCAUGGCAAUGACAAAGCUGGCAAUGGCAAGGUGAAGGGCAUCAUGAUGCCAAAGAAGAUUCUAGGCAAGCUGCUGUCAAGCAAGGGGCAGGGAGGGGAGAACAGUAGCUCUGAUACAUCUGGUAGCCCAGACUCAGCAAACCAGGAUGAGACGAAGAAGGGCACACCUUCAAGGAACACAAGAUACUCGGUUUCAUGAGCAACGUGCACCACUUGAGUAUGACGAAAGCUUAAAAAUGGGCUCUUUUGUGUGAUCAAAGGCCCAGUUUUGCAUGUACCAUAGAAAAGUGGUAUGCUUUUGGUAGAAGAUUAGAACGUUGAACGAGUGAGAAUAUCCGUGUGGGUAAAUGCAUGUAAUUGUCUAUUAUUUUAUAUAUUGUAGCAAAAAAAAUCAGUUAAAUCUUCUAUGACAACCAUCCAACUGCA